AUGGCUCCAGGACUGAUCGAGCCUCAACCGGCUGUCGAUGUCGGCCAACAGCGCUCGCUUGAAUCAGUCACCGAGAACUACGAUGAUACCCUACGAUUCUAUCUAAACGGCACCAAAGUCGUCCUCGAUACUGCCGAUCCUGAAGUAACAUUACUCGAAUACCUCCGAGGCAUAGGCUUGACAGGCACCAAGCUUGGGUGUGCAGAAGGUGGAUGUGGUGCUUGCACUGUGGUGGUCUCGCAGUACAACCCUACAACAAAGCAGAUAUACCAUGCUUCUGUCAAUGCAUGCUUGGCUCCACUGGUGUCUGUGGAUGGCAAGCAUGUCAUUACGGUAGAGGGAAUAGGGAGUGUUAAGAAGCCACAUCCAGCUCAAGAGCGAGUCGCAAAGGGCAAUGGCAGCCAGUGCGGAUUCUGUACACCUGGCAUAGUCAUGAGCUUGUAUGCUCUACUAAGGAAUAAGGAUAGCCCCUCCGAGCACGAGGUGGAAGAGGCUUUCGAUGGCAAUCUCUGCAGAUGUACUGGCUACCGUCCCAUUCUAGACGCCGCGCAAACGUUCAGUGCACAGAAGGGCUGUGCGAAGUCGACAUCCAAUGGUGGUGGAGGAUGUUGUAUGGAGAACGGUACAAAUGGGGCGAAUGGAUGUUGCAAAUCGGGGAAGGCAGAUGACCACCAGCCCAUAAAACGCUUCACGCCACCAGGCUUCAUCGAGUACAACCCAGAGACUGAGCUCAUCUUUCCACCGGCUCUCCGUAGACACGAAUACAGGGCUUUAGCCUUCGGCAACAAGAGAAAACGGUGGUUCCGGCCAGUAACUCUACAGCAGCUACUGGAGAUUAAGAGCGCGUACCCCUCAGCAAAGAUCAUUGGAGGCAGCACCGAGACGCAAAUCGAGGUCAAAUUCAAGGCCAUGCAGUAUACAGUCUCGGUCUUCGUUGGAGAUAUUCCGGAACUGCGACAAUACAAGUUCGAAGACGACUACGUGGAGGUUGGAGGCAAUGUAACGUUGACAGAUCUCGAAGACCUGUCCUUGGAGGCUGCAGCGCACUAUGGCGAGAAGAGAGGCCAGCCUUUCACGGCCAUCAACAAGCAGAUCAAAUACUUUGCCGGAAGGCAGAUCAGGAAUGUCGGAACGCCAGCAGGGAAUCUGGCAACCGCUUCGCCAAUUUCUGAUUUGAAUCCCGUCUUCUUGGGAACCAAUGCUACAAUCGUCGCUCGAUCACUCGAUAAAGUGACUGAAAUACCGAUGACGGAUUUCUUCAAGGCGUACAGAGUCACCGCACUACCUCCAGACGCCAUCAUCGCCAGUAUCCGGAUACCUGUUUUCCAGGAGAAGGGAGAGUACAUGCGGGCAUACAAGCAAGCGAAGCGGAAAGACGACGACAUCGCCAUUGUAAACGCCGCGCUUCGAGUCAAACUGGAUGAGAAGAACACAGUCCAGAACUCGAGUCUGGUAUAUGGUGGCAUGGCCCCCAUCACCAUCGGAGCGAAGAAGGCAAUGGAGUAUCUGGAAGGCAAGCUCUUUACCGACCCGGCCACUCUCGAAGGCGUCAUGAAUGCUUUAGAGCAGGAUUUCGACCUUCGAUUCGGCGUACCAGGCGGUAUGGCGACAUACCGCAAGUCAUUGGCGCUGGGCUUCUUCUACAAGUUCUACCACGAAGUGCUCGCAGAGCUGAAUCCCGAGGGAACGGAAGUGGAUCAAGACUGUCUCGCCGAGAUUGAGCGCGAGAUCUCCAAGGGCCGGAAAGACCAUACCGCCGGGGUGGCAUACGAGAAGAAAAUCAUCGGCAAAGAGCAACCGCACGUAGCUGCCCUGAAGCAGUGCACAGGUGAAGCUCAAUAUACGGACGACAUCCCCGUACAAAAGAACGAACUCUAUGGCUGCAUGGUCUUGAGCACGAAACCUCAUGCGAGACUGCUCAGCGUGGAUCCUUCCCCGGCGAUGGACAUUCCUGGCGUGUUCGACUACGUGGAUCACAACGAUCUGCCAAAUUCGCAGGCGAACUACUGGGGAGCUCCAAACUGCGACGAGACAUUCUUCGCCGUUGACGAGGUCUUCACGGCAGGGCAGCCGAUCGGUCUGAUCCUCGCCACGUCUGCUAAGCUUGCAGAGGCUGGUGCUCGUGCAGUCAAGGUCGAGUAUGAGGAACUCCCUGCGAUUUUCACCAUCGAAGAAGCUAUCGAAGCCAACAGCUUUUUCGACCACUACCACUACAUCCAGAAUGGCGAUGUCGACAAGGCGUUCAAAGAAGCCGACCAUGUCUUCACUGGCAUUGCACGAAUGGGAGGCCAAGAGCACUUCUACCUAGAGACCAACGCCUGUGUUGCCGUCCCCAAGCCAGAAGAUGGCGAGAUGGAAAUCUUCAGCUCGACGCAGAACCCCACGGAAACACAGGCUUACGUCGCCCAAGUCACUGGUGUUGCUGCGAAUAAGAUCGUGAGCAAGGUCAAGCGGCUGGGCGGUGGCUUUGGUGGGAAGGAGACAAGAUCAGUCCAGUUGGCAGGCAUUUGUGCCGUUGCAGCGAAGAAGACCAAGCGGCCUGUCCGGUGUAUGCUGAACCGAGACGAAGACAUUGCGACUUCGGGGCAGAGACAUCCCUUCCUUGGGCGGUGGAAGGUUGCCGUUAACAAAGAUGGUAAAAUCCAAGCCCUCGACGCUGAUGUCUUCAACAAUGGCGGUUGGUCUCAAGAUCUCAGCGCUGCUGUUGUCGAUCGAGCCCUCAGUCACGUCGAUGGCACCUACAAGAUUCCCAACGUCUUCGUUCGAGGACGCAUCUGCAAGACAAACACCGUCAGCAAUACAGCAUUCAGGGGAUUCGGCGGACCCCAGGGGAUGUUCAUCGCCGAGUCCUACAUGGAAGAAGUCGCCGACCACCUGGGCAUGCCCGUCGAGGAGUUCCGCGAGAUCAACAUGUACAAGCCAGGAGACAUGACACACUUCAACCAGGAACUACGAGACUACUACGUGCCCCUCAUGUGGAAGCAAAUCCGGGAAGAAUCCGACUGGGAGCGCCGCAAGCAAGCCGCCGCCGCCUUCAACGCAAAGAACAAAUGGAAGAAACGCGGCCUCGCCGUGAUCCCGACCAAAUUCGGCAUCUCCUUCACAGCCCUGUUCCUCAACCAAGCCGGCGCCCUCGUCCACAUCUACCACGACGGCUCCGUGCUCGUCGCCCACGGCGGCACCGAAAUGGGCCAAGGCCUACACACCAAGAUGACCAUGAUCGCCGCCGAAGCGCUCGGCGUCCCGCAAGACAGCGUCUUCAUCUCCGAAACCGCCACCAACACCGUCGCCAACACCUCCUCGACCGCCGCGUCCGCCUCCUCGGACCUCAACGGCUACGCCAUCUGGAACGCCUGCGCGCAGCUCAACGAGCGCCUGCAGCCCUACCGCGCGAAACUCGGCGCGGACGCCGCGAUGAAGGACCUCGCGCACGCGGCGUACUUCGACCGCGUCAACCUCUCCGCGAACGGGUUCUACAAAACCCCGGACAUCGGCUACGUCUGGGGCCCGAACACGGGGCAGAUGUUCUUCUACUUCACGCAGGGCGUCGCGGCGGCCGAGGUCGAGAUCGACACCCUCACGGGCGACUGGACGUGUCGACGGGCGGAUGUCAAAAUGGACGUCGGCCGGUCCAUCAACCCGGCCAUCGACUACGGCCAGAUCGAAGGGGCGUUCGUGCAGGGGUUGGGACUCUUCACGAUGGAAGAGAGUCUCUGGCACCGCGCGAGCGGGAAUCUCUUCACGAAGGGGCCUGGGGCGUAUAAAAUCCCCGGGUUCAGGGAUAUUCCGCAGGAGUUUAAUGUUAGUUUGUUGAAGGAUGUGAAUUGGGAGAAUUUGCGUACGAUCCAACGUUCCCGCGGAGUCGGCGAACCGCCUCUUUUCCUGGGAUCGGCGGUCUUCUUUGCGAUUCGGGAUGCGCUCAAGGCGGCGCGGAAGCAGUAUGGGAAGGAGGAUGUUCUCAGUCUGGUGAGUCCUGCUACGGUGGAGAGGAUUCGGGUCAGUUGUGCGGAUCCGAUUCUGGAGAGGGCGAAGGUGGAGGCGAGGGAGGGGGAGAAGAGUUUCUUUAUUGCCAUUUGA